AUGAUGCAUUUUGAUACCUUCUUUGAGUCACCUAUUGUCGAGGUUUGGUGUAAAUUGAUAGAAAUUCCCAUCCACCUCUACGAGCAAUCGGCUCUUCUUGUUAGAAACAAGAGUGAUCUCACCUCCCAGAAAGUUGUCUCCACUGAGACAGCCCAGGCAUUUGCUGACGAAAUUGGGAUACCAUUCAUGCAAACAAGUGCUAAGAAAGCUACUAAUGUGGAGCAGGCUUUCAUGGCUAUGUCUGCUUCCAUCAAGAACAGGAUGGCGAGUCAACCAGCGAUGAAUAACAUUCGACCUCCAAGCGUUCAAAUUAGAGGACAACCCGUUAACCAAAAACCGGCUGCUGCUCCAACUGAAAUCUUAAGUUGUGCGUCUGGUUGA